AUGAUUUGGGGUGUUUUGUUAUGCUGCCUUCUCAAACCGGCUGCUGGAUAUCAAACACAGGAGCGAUUGCCUUUUUUUCACGGGCAUGUUUUUGAGAACUCGCCGACGGCUUCCAAAGUAAACGGACUGAGCAUUCCGGUGAGGCGCAUCAACGCGCAAAAAUGGUGCCCAGUCUCUGGGAUGCGCUUCAAACUGUACGGAAACGCCAGCGAAGAUUUCCACGUUUGCUUCCACCACAAGCGGGGGAAUAUAUUGCUAAAAACUUCCAGGGUUUUAGACAGAGAAGCUCGCUCAGAAUACCUGCUGAGCGUCGGUCUGUGUUGCCAGCCCCUCCUGUCGGAGUCCGUCGUUUUCGAGGUUGCGUUUGUAAAAGUGGACGUUUUGGACACCAACGAUCACGAACCCACUUUUCGCAGUGCAGACACCGUCCACAUAACUUUAGAUGACACCACAGCUCUCCGUAGUGUGGUUUACAGGCUGGAGGCUGUUGACGCAGAUAGCGGCAAGAACGCAGAGUUGACAUACAUUUCGCUCCCCAAAAAUGGCAGUUUCUAUGUUGUCCCGAAAACAGGCGAAGUUUUGCUGGUUGACUCUAUCCUGGGGCUCCCGUCUGAAGUCACAUUCUGUAUUUUUGCUAGAGACCACGGGUGGCCCCCUCUUACCAGUAAAGGUGUAGUGGUUACUAUUGCUCCACAGCGGUGGGCAACGCGUCCUGCUGAAUCAGCGGGGUCAGGAAGGGCAGGUCGGUCGCCGAGGUCACUCCUUGACCCUGGCACCCCGGUCUCCCUCAACGUGUCUGAAGAUGCCAGCAUUGGCUCGGUCAUAACGAGCCUGAGUCCCACUAGGUUUCAGUCGGCCGCCUACGAGUUGAUUUACCCGGAGUCAGAAAGCUCUCCAGUCACCGUGGGGCGCGACAGUGGAGAUAUCACGAUAACCAGGAGGCUGGAUAGGGAGACAGAGCCUUUCCUGGAGCUCACUGUUAAGAUUCAGGAUAAACGAGGCCCAGACUGGUACCUGAACAAGGUGAAGCUGAAGAUCACUGAUGUCAAUGACAACGUCCCUGAGUGGAAUAUGAAGCCGUAUCCUUACCUCGCCGUAGUGUCCCCUGAGGCACCCGCUGGAACGUUUGUCUACCAGCUCCAGGCUCACGAUGGGGAUGAGGACAAAAGCGGAGAGGUGGAGUACUUUUUGUCGGAUGGCGGUGAUGGCUGCUUUGCAGUGGACAAGAAGACAGGCCAGGUGAUGACCACGGGGCUGGUGCUCCAGCGGGACAGAGAGUACCUGUUAAGUGUGGUAGCCCUAGACGGCCUGGGCACCCGCAGUGCUCCUGCCAUGCUGUCUGUGGUGGCAGGAGCCAGAGCACCACAGUUCACCAAUACGAGCUUUGCCAUCUCCAUACCAGAGAACACACCUGAAGGACAGCCCUUCUUGGUGGUGUUUGCCAUUUCCUUCCAAAAGCAGCCAAUCAGCUACAGUCUACUGAUCAAUCCCAGUAGCCUUUUCAGCAUACAGCAGGAGACAGGGGAGAUCAGUCUGACCCGGACGCUAGAUUAUGAGAGUGACCAGCGGCGCUACCUGCUGAUGGUGCGAGCCAGCGAGGAGCCCGGCAGCCUGAGCACUGCCACAGAGGUUCAGGUGUUGAUAACGGAUGAGAAUGAUUGUGUCCCGGAGUUUCUCCAAUCCAUCUACAGUGUGGAUGGAGUCCCUGAGACUGUAACCACGGCAACAUCCCUGCUGCAGGUGCUGGCCACGGACUGUGACUCCGGGUUAAAUGCUGAGCUCACCUAUUACACCCUGAGCCCAGACUUCAGCAUUUCACCCCAUGGGACCAUAUUCCCUGCAGGCCGACUGGACUAUGAGAGACCUAACCAUCUGUAUGAAUUUGUGGUGAUGGCAGUGGACAGCGGAGAUGAGCCGCACUCUGGCACUGCCACGGUCCGUGUAAGGAUGGCAAAUGUCAACGAUGAAGCCCCAGAGUUCUCCCAGCCUGUAUAUCGAACGUUUGUUUCAGAGGAUGCGGGCCCCAACACCCUCGUUGCCACAGUCCUGGCCAAAGACCCAGAUGGUGAUAGCAUAAUCUACUCGAUAACAGCCGGCAAUGAGGAGGGAAACUUCGUCAUUGACAGCCAGAAAGGGUUGAUUCGUCUCCGCUCCACUCCCCUGCCCAAGCUUCAAGGCCUGGAGUACGUCUUGAAUGUAACGGCCACAGAUGACAAUGCAUCAGGCGGGCCACACCCCCUCUCCUCCACUGCCUGCGUCAUAGUUGGGGUUGAUGAUGUCAACAACAACAAACCUGUAUUUGAAGAGUGCCAGCAAUAUCGUGAGCAGGCUUCAGUGCUGGAGAACCAGCCAACGGGGACUUUUGUGUUGCAAGUGCAUGCUGUGGAUGCAGAUGAGGGAGCAAAUGGAAAAGUCAAAUAUGGCUUAAUGCACAGAGACAGUGCGAUGCCUGCGUUCAGAAUUCAUCCAGACACAGGAGCGAUUGUGACAGCCCGGCGGUUCGACAGGGAGCGGCAGAGAGAGUAUUCAAUUACAGUAACGGCCACUGAUUGGGCGGAGGAGCCCCUCAUCGGCAUCUGCCAGCUCACCAUUCAAAUACUGGACCAGAAUGAUAAUAGCCCCAAGUUUGAGAAUUUACGCUAUGAGUACUUCCUGAGAGAAGACACUUUGGUCGGCACCAGUUUCCUGCGUGUGGCAGCUCACGAUGACGACUUUGGCACGAAUGCAGCUAUCACUUACUCUAUGUCCGUGGAGCAGCCUGAGUACCUGAGGGUGAACCCUGUCACUGGAUGGGUCUAUGUUAACCAGCCCAUAUCGCAGAGGAGCUAUAUUACAAGGGACAUCAUAGCAACCGAUGGAGGGAACCGGAGCACUUCUGUGGAGCUGGCAGUCACCAUCACCGAUGUGAAAAACCAGCCUCCACAGUGGGAAGAGGACAGCUACAGUGUGGUCAUCCCUGAGAACACUGCCAGGGACACACCUAUAGUGACAAUCAGGGCAACUUCUCACCUGGGAGACCCAAGGGUGACCUACAACCUAGAGGAUGGGAUGGUCCCCGAAACCAACAUGCCAGUUCGUUUCUACCUCUCCCCCAACCGGGAAGAUGGCUCUGCGUCCAUCCUGGUGUCUGAGCCGCUGGACUACGAGACCACCCCCUUUUUCUCUCUCAGGGUGCGAGCACAGAAUGUGGCUGCAGUGCCUCUUGCAGCUUUCACCACUGUUUAUGUCAAUAUUACAGACGUCAAUGACAACGUGCCGUUUUUCACUUCUUCCAUCUACGAGACCUCUGUAACAGAAGGAGCCCAGAUAGGGACCUCGGUUCUCCAAGUGUCUGCUCAUGACAAAGAUCUGGGUCUUAACGGAGAGAUCACUUACUCUCUGCUGAGUGAUAGCAGUGGUGACCACCAUCUGUUCAGAAUAGAUCCAAAACUUGGAAUCAUCUACACAGAAGCUGUGUUUGAUCGUGAGGCUCGCAGCUCCUAUUUGCUGGAGGUGCAGUCAGAAGAUGGCCAGGAAUCAGCUCGGCCUGGCAAGAACAAACAGCCCAACACAGACACAGCAUAUGUGCGGGUUUUCAUCAGCGACGUCAACGACAACAAACCAGUCUUUGCUCAGCGACUGUAUGAAGUUGGUGUCGACGAGAAUGCAGAUGUGGGCCUGGCUGUUGUCACAGUUAGUGCUAAUGACGAGGAUGAAGGGGCCAAUGCCAAGCUACGGUACCAGAUAACAUCUGGCAACAAGGGUGGUGUUUUUGACAUAGAGCCAGAGGUGGGGACAAUCUUUAUUGCACAGCCACUGGACUAUGAGCAGCAGAAGAGGUACAAGCUACUGGUCCUCGCCUCUGAUGGGAAAUGGGAAGACUAUGCAGCCGUGGUGGUUACUGUAGUUAAUAAGAAUGAUGAGACACCUGUGUUCUCCAUGAAUGAAUACUAUGGAUCCGUCACAGAGGAGCUUGACGGGUCACCUGUGUUUGUACUGCAGGUGACCGCCACUGACCCAGACAAAGAUGCAGACCAGGGUGCCAUACGGUAUUCCAUUCAUGGCCAAGGAGCAGAGUCUCACUUCAUGAUCAACGACAUCACGGGGGAGAUGUAUGCCCAGCGCACUAUGGACCGAGAAGAACGUGCUGUCUGGCGCUUUGUUGUUAUGGCAACAGAUGAGGAGGGCGAGGGACUUACUGGCUUCACUGAUGUUAUUAUCAACGUGUGGGACAUCAAUGACAAUGCACCCACCUUCUCGUGUGCGCCUGAUAAUUGUCACAGUAGCGUGGCGGAAAACUCACCUCCUGGAACGUUUGUAGUGGAAAUGACAGCAGUGGACCUUGAUGAUGCAGCAGUAGGUCAGAAUGCAAUCCUCACUUACCGGAUUACUGAAAAUGCACACAAUACAAACAACGCAGAACUUUUUACUAUUGAUUCCAGCACUGGAACCAUUUCUGUGGCAGCAGAGGGUCUGGACCGGGAGAUUACUGACAGCCACCGGCUGGUAGUUGAGGCCCGGGAUGGUGGUGGUAUGACAGGUACAGCGACUGCCACUAUAGUUGUAACAGACAUCAACGACCACUUGCCAAAGUUUAGAGAGGACUGGUGUGGUGCUCGUGUGCCUGAGAGCAUUGAUGUAGAUGCCUCCAUUUUGGAGUUGAGCGCUGUGGAUCCUGACGCUGGCACGUAUGGACAGUUGGCCUUCAGUGUGGUGGCAGGAGACCCGGAGCAGAGAUUCUACAUGGUAAGCCACAGACUAGAGCAGACGGGCACUCUGAGACUGAAGAAAAAGCUGGACUUUGAAAAGCCAGGGGAGCAGCGGUUUAACCUUACUGUAAGGGUGGAAGACUCUGACUUCUCCAGCCUUAUUCACUGUCUGAUUUUAGUGGAGGAUGAGAAUGAUAAUGGCCCUGUGUUUGUCCCGAGCUCCCACUUUCUCUCCCCUUUGCCUGAGGACGUAACCGUAGGAAGCAGUGUCAUUCAGGUCGUGGCCACUGACUCUGACUCGGGGUUGAAUGGAGACAUUUUAUACAGCAUUCUUCCUCAGUCUGAUCCAUAUGGACAUUUUAUAGUUAGCCGAGGCGGUACGAUCACAGUCGCCAAACCACUGGAUAGGGAGACAGUGGCAGGUUAUGAGUUGGUCGUCAUGGCGACAGACCAGGGUACCCCAGCACGGACUGGCAGUGUCACGGUCCACUUGCCGCUGCUGGACAUGAAUGACAACGGGCCAGAGCUGGAGACAGUCUACACUCCUGUGCUAUGGGAGAACAGUCCAGCACCUCAGGUGGUCUGGCUUAACAGGAGCUCAACUCUGCUUCAUGUUGUAGACAGAGACUCCCCAGAGCAUGGGCCUCCUUUCUUUCUCUCCCUGCCCUCACUCUACUCCAUCGACUUCAACCUACAGGAUCAUGGGAACGGCUCUGCCACACUCACAGCCCUCCGGAGAUUCGACAGAGAAAGACAAAGACAGUUCUAUUUACCAGUGAUUAUGAUUGACAGCGGCAAUCCGCCAAUGACGGCCACAAGCACACUCACCAUCACCAUUGGUGACCAGAAUGAUAAUGCCCAUCAGGAAGGAGAGAAAGAUGUCUAUGUGCAAAGCCGCAAGGGAAGGAUGGCAAAUGCGGCAAUGGGAAAGGUAUAUGCCCCAGAUCCUGAUGAGUGGGACAACAAGACCUACACUCUGGAGACAAGUGCAGCCAAAUACUUCAGCCUGAAUCAGAGCUCAGGAGUGCUGACCAUUCGACAGAGCCCUCCAGCAGGGAGCUAUUGGUUGAGAAUCGGGGUGUCUGAUGGGGUGUGGCCCGAUGUGAUGUCUGGGGUCAGAGUUCAUGUCAGAGAUCUGGAGGAAAAGGCCGUCCUGUCAUCUGCCUCACUGCGCUUGACUGGCAUUACAGCGAAAGAUUUUAUCGACUCUCACGUCGAGGGGAUGAGUCGGCUGGAGAUGUUCUGGGACUUCCUGUCUGAAACCCUGUCCGUCAGACUGGGGAGUAUCAACAUUUUCAGCAUAACAGACAGAGAUGAAAAAACUGUGGACAUCUACUUCUAUGUGCUAACCGAUACUGGCUACCUGCACUCAGAGAAAUUACAUGGUGUCCUCGCGGCACAUAAAAAGAAGCUUCAGUCACUGCUGCGUGUGAAUGUGAGCCAAGUGCAGGUAGAUGAGUGUGUGGGCAUAGACUGUAAGGCAUCUGGCGGCUGCUCUACACAGUUAAGCAUCAGUGACUCGCCCACCCUGGUGGAUGCAGGUGCUUUGUCCCUGGUCUCAGUAAAGGUGAUCUCCACGGCUGUGUGUGGCUGCGCUGCCCGUGAAAUGACCCACCAACCCUGCUUCUCAUACCCCAGUAACCCAUGCCUUAAUGGAGGAACCUGUGUCGACACCCAGAAUGGAUACAGGUGCCACUGCCCCCCACAGUUUGAGGGGCCAGACUGUCAGCAGACGAGAAUUAGUUUCCUUGGCAACGGCUAUGCCUGGUUUCCUCCCAUAAGGCCAUGCUUUGAUAACCAUCUUUCACUGGAGUUUAUGACAGAGGAAGACGACGGACUGCUACUGUACACUGGCCCAUUGGCCACUCUGCUGCCUGGGGACGCUGAGGACUACAUGGCCAUAGAGCUGAUUGGUGGGACUCCCAGUCUGAAAAUUAACCAUGGUUCUGGGACCCUGGUCCUCCAGUUAACAAAUAACGCUGGGGUCGCAGACAGACGCUGGCAUCGACUUGAUGUCAGGAGCAACAGUAAAGAGGUGCGCUUCACUCUCGAUCGAUGUUCCAGUGCAAUUGUCAUGGAGACAGAAGGCGUGGACUCAUGGGCAAUGACAGAGGACCGUUCAUCCUGUGAAAUCCGAGGGGUCACACCCAACAGGGACAAGUAUCUGAACAGAAGUCUUGUGUUGCAGCUCGGGGGGGUCAAUGAGAACACAUCAUACGAAUACCCACAGCUGCAGCACAAACAUUAUACUGGAUGUAUAAGGAACCUGCUUGUGGACAGCAAGCUAUAUGACCUUGGUUCCCCAGCUGAAUCCUCCAACACUGUGCCAGGCUGUUCUCUUAUUGAUGACCACUGCACCAACGUGGAGCAACUUCGUCCCUGUGGCAAGAGGGGGCACUGUCAUGGUGAAUGGGAUUCUUUCAACUGCUUGUGUGAACCGGGGUUUACAGGGCCACAGUGUGACCAAGUUGCUCCAGAGUUCUCCUUUGAUGGACGGAGCCACAUUCAGUUCCAGCUCUUAUGGUCCCUUCCAGCACGGCAGACAAGAGUCCAGGUUGGACUACGAACACGUGCUGUCACCGGUGUGAUCCUCAGCCUGCUUUCCCAGGAGCAGAAUGAAUAUUUACGCUUAGAGGUUAUUCAGGGUCUGCUGGCUGUUUUCUACAACCUUGGAGAUGGAGAGUACAACCUGACGCUGCCGUUCCAACGCCUGGAUGAUGGAGAGUGGCACGAGGUGGAGGUGGAUCGCUACGGCAAAGAGUUCACCCUGCGACUGGACGGAGGUGGAGGACGACGGGAAAUUACGGCAUCACCUGGGCAGAGUCAGGAGAUUAUUAUUGACCCUUCUGUGGUGAUGCUUGGAAACUCUUUUCCCUCAGGACACAACCGGAGCUUCACUGGCUGUUUGCGAGAUCUGAGGUUUUAUGGCCGCACCAUUCCCCUGGAUUGGGAGCAGUCAUCAGAGGGGCUUCAGGUGGUCUCCUCCCAGGGCGUCUCCGUCGGCUGCUCUUCAGAGGCCUGCAAGAAACAUCACUGCUCCCCUCCUCUGGUCUGCGUAGACGUCUGGAGACACCACGAGUGCAGGUGCCCUCCAGGCCACAUGACCAAAGAGAGCUCCUUGGGCAAAGUGUGUGUCUACACACUGUGUGCAAGCCGGCCGUGCCGCCAUGGCACAUGUGUGGCUCACUCUCCUUCCCGGUACUCGUGCCACUGCAGCGAGGGCUACCGGGGACGGCACUGCGAGGUGUCACUCGCCAUGUUCCAGGACAGCAACAGCCUCAGCCUCAGCUCCAUGUUUGCCAUCAGCAUCUGUGUCAUGGCCUUUCUAGUGUUGAUGCUGGGCCUGUUCCUAUACUCCUGCUGGCGGAGACACAAGGGCCUAAAGGAGGGUGUGUACCAUGUGUCUGCGCACCAUGGCGAGUGGGAGGACAUCCGAGAAAAUGUGCUCAACUACGACGAGGAGGGUGGAGGGGAGCAGGACCAGAAUGCCUUUAAUAUGGUGGAGCUGCAGCGCUCCCUCCAGCCUAGCCCGGCACAGUCACUUCGAUACAGCUAUCCACAAAGCAUCAUCUCCUACCCGCAGACUAAGCUUCCCCAGGACAACAACAAGAAGGGGAUGUCUAAUGGGAACGGCAGUGCAGCUAUCGCCCUGCGUCUGGCCAUCCCACCCUCAGAGACCGAAACCCUGCCAUCCCCUCUGACCUUCCGCCGCUCCCAGAAAACCCUGUCCUUCUCCAGCCAGGACUUGGCCCGCUACCUGUGUGAGGUCAUCAGGGACAUGGAGCACCCAGGGGAUCUCGGUACCAUGACCACACCACGUCGUCCCUCUGGAAAGGAACGUGGCCUGGCAGCGGUGCGCUCCCUAAGCUCCCUCAGUGCAUCUCAGGGUUCAGAGGUCAGGCUUCAGGGGGGCCAGAGCAGCCGACUGGACAGGUUCAAAACCCUCCGAGCUGUGCUUAGCGAUUUGAGAGGAGACUCCAAGACCCCGGAGGGCCAGAGAGACAAACUGAAGGAGAGCAGAGGGCAGCUGAACUGUGAGAAGAGUGGGUGA